AAAAAAACUCGGGAGAGGAUCGAGUGUCGUCGACCCAUUCUCUCACGAAGAGCCCGCGACUUUCUCAAUCGGGGAAGAUGGGGGGGGGCCCUUGCCGACAUUUUGCCUCGACGCCGAGUCCACGGCCAAACGGCAUCUUUAUUCUUUUAUAGUUUUGUUGAUUUAUUUCCCGCCUCACGAAGACGCCGUCGUGCUGCAGCAGGACAGCUUCCUCCUCGCCUAUCCAAUCGACACCAUCUCGUCCCGUUCCUCCCAACGCGUCCGGUCGAGGGAGGCCGUCGCGGCGAAGGCCCGUCCCGUUCGCACAAAGCCUCGACACUCGAAACUGAGCUCCUAGCCCUCCUCGCCCUCCUCGCCCUUCGUGCGUCGUCGCAGCACACCGCAUCGCUCUCGCGGAAACCAUGAUCUCGCAAUUCAUCAGCGGCGUCUCCGCCAAGUUCAACCCCUUCGUCCGCGCGCAGCGGAUGCCACGCCUGUUUCUGUCGAUGCUCCCGCCAGACUCGCGGACGAGCAUGAAGAUCUCGGUCUCGCAGCUACCGAGGGACAGCGCAGAGAAAGGAAGCCUCAGCGUGACAUUCAAGGAUGGUAUGGAAAUGAGCUUCAACCCGGAGAAGGUAAAGAUUAAGGAGGUGAUGGCGGAAGUGGAUAGGCACUCGAGAAUGCUGGCAAGAAAAGAGAAUUUGACAUCGGGCUAGGUCUUCUGAUCGAGAAGGGAAUGUGUAGGAUAAGAGGGUGAAAAUGAAGUAUGCAUGCAACGGCGUCACGAUUAGACUCAGGUACACAAUGAUAGGUAUCUGCAGGUAAUGAUUGCCCAUUUGAAUUGGUUGAUGGUAACCGUGUAUUCUACAACGGCCUAGUUUGAAGUUUUUUUUCCCCAUAUUUUUCUAAGCUACCAGUUUGAAAUGCCAGAAAAGCUUGUGAUGGUUUGUCUAAUGUAUUUUUGGCUGCUGCCGUGCGAGCUCGAACUGCAUCUCAAGGAUAUCUGUACGCGCGCAUACGAUUGAUUUAGAAAGCCAUCAACAUGCUCUGGAAAGAGUCUACUGGGGAGCGCCAGAGAUGAAGAACCACUUG